AUGGCAGUUAACCCGCCUCCGCCUUCCGCGGCCUUCCCCGCAUCGUCCCCUUUUUCCGCCUCCGCACCUUUUUCAUCCGCCAGUCCCCCGAUGUUCUCCGCGUCCGCUCCUGCGGAUCCCGCCGCGCCGUCCCCCGUCCGCCCGCACAAGCCCACCGGCCGGCACGGCGCGACCGACCAGCAACGGCGGCGCGAGCUCGCUCUGGAGCGGCAGCGCGCCGCGCGGCGGGAUCUCCAGUCGCACGCGCGACACGUGGCUCUCGCCGCCACUGGCGCCGUGACUCUCGCUGACGAGGUCGAGGCGCGCGAGUCUGCCGCCGCAGCGCCGGAAACGAGAGAAGUUUCCCCGCUCCUUCCAGAGAUCUGCGAGUUCGACGAAACUUCUGGCCAAUGGACGAGGAUCGACCAAGACGGGUUCAGAAUCGACGGUUCAGGAAGAAGGAUCGAGCCAGUCGGCAUUAAUUCAGACGUUCCGAGAAGUAUGACAGAGCCCUCUGUUAAUGGAGCUAGAUUUGAUGGUAAAGACGGGGAAGUCACUGAGGAGGAGGUUGUGUUGGGAGAAGCGGGUAACGGGGAGGGGGUGUUGGGGAUGGUGCGUGAAGCGGGAGGGGAAGGUAUGGAAAUGGAUGGGGAGGAGGAUGGGGAAGAGGAUGGUGGGGACGUUGUGGGGAUUGAGCAGGAGAUGAGGGGAUUGUUUGUGCCGCAUGGUGGGGGGGCUGGGGGGAGAAGAGGGAAAGGAGCAGCAGGAGGAAGAGGGGAGAGAGGAGGGAGAGGAGGGGGAGGUGAUAGUGCAAAUGGUGCAGAGAGAGGGGUAUCGGACGGUGCAAGGGAGUGGUACUCGCAGCAGCUCAUGCUGCCUGAAUGGAUGGUCGACGUCCCGCCUCGACUCGCCUCUGAUUGGUUCGUGAUGCCACGGCCGGACGGGCGGCGUUGUUUGGUGGUAUCUGCCAACGGCACCACAGUGAGUCGCCUGCGCAACGGCCGGAUUCUCCACCGCUUCCCUUCGCAUUUACCCAACGGGGCCAGGGCUCCUGGUAUCGCUGCUGGUGCGCACGUCUACUGCAUCCUGGACUGCAUCUUUCAUGAGCCGAAUAACACAUACUACGUGUUAGACGUGAUGGCAUGGCGCGGCUAUUCUCUCUACGACUGCACCGCCGAGUUCCGCCUCUUUUGGCUGCAGACUCACCUCCCGCAGUGCGGCGCCUGCGACCCGCCCUCCCACUUCCACCGCUUUCGCUUCGCCCCCGUUCCCUUCUUUGAGUGCCAUGGCCAAGGGCUGGAGGCUGCUUACUGCGGGUGGCAAGAGGCGGGGGGAGGGGCUGGUGGGGCAGGGGAGGCAGGGGGAGCAGUGGAGGCAGGGGGGGAGAUGGGGGGAGUGGAGGGAGCAGGUGUAGGAGCGGCAGAAGGAACGGGGAGUGCAGCGACAGUGACUGGUGGCAGUGCCAAUGGAAUGGUGAAUGGUGCUUCAGUUUCCACGGCUUCACAAGUGGAGUUCACUCGCGAUGGAUUGCUCUUCUACAACCGGCAUUCGCACUACACGUUGGGCCUCUCGCCCCUGCUGCUGCAGUGGAAGGAUGCAGCGUGCAGUCGGUUUGUGAUCGACACGGAUGGAUCAGGGAAGAUCCCAGAGCAACAGCAAGUGGUUCUCCUGCUGGCAGCAGACGGCUCUUUGGUGACAAGUGAUGACCCUCCAGUGGUCUUCGGUUCCCUGCCUCCGCACACUCUCAACGAUCCCUCGCUGCAUCUGCGUCCCAACAAGCUCCUGCGCUUCGCCAUAGGCCCAGGGGGGUUGCAUCUAGAGGAGGGGCGAGUGGGGGGGGCGGACCUGCUGUUUCAGGGGACAGCCAACCAGAGGAGAGGCGGCGCUGACAGCUGCUCCAAGAUCCUGUUUCAAUAUUCGGCUCGGCACUCCCCUCUCACCAUUCAAGACAUUGCUGCUGCAGUGGUAGCAAGUUGA